AUGGCUUCACUGGAACAGUUGCCUUCUAGUUUAAUUGAUACAAUUAUUAUACCAGUCAAGUUAGCUAGAUUUAUUGGACAAGAAUUCUUCGACUAUGACAAGGCUCGUUUUGAAAAUUAUUGCAGAUUAAUCUUAUUUCUGCUUCUGUCUUUUAUGUUUACUUUUGGCUUGAUUUAUUUCAUUAUAAAAAUAAACGAACUAGAUGCUGGCAUUUUGGAGAUUGCUAAUGCCAUACCUAACUUAUUUCUUGUGACCCAAAGUUUAUUAAAAUUAUCGUUAAUUCGCAAGAAACAUCUCCUAAGGAGUGUUGUUUAUGAAAUAGCUGAGCUGUGGCCAGGCGACAUGGAGAACCGAGAAAAGAAAGAGCUCAUGGACUACUGGCUGCACCGCACUAAAACGACAUGCGCCUCUAUAGUCAAGUUAACUGUAGUCGGUAUUUUAUUAUUCAAUGGGAUUCCUUUUGUCAUAUACCUUAUCCUGCGAAUCCUGGAUAAAAACCCCGCCUAUGUUUUACCGUAUGAAGUGUACUAUCCGUUUGAGAUUGACUCGGAGUGGAAAUUUAUGGCGGUUUUGUUGAUGCAAACUAUAACAACACUAAUGAUUUAUGAAUGCAGCUACCUGCCCAGCGAUAUGUUCCUAUUCUCGUUAACGGUCAACUUGUCCAUGCUGUUCCGUCUGCUGCAACACGACCUGGUGAACAUUAACGUGGAUCGCCGGGGACAGGGAGCGGAUGAAUUUCUGGAAAACCUUAAAAAUAUCGUUAAGAGACAUCAAAAAAUGUUGAAGUUAGCAGAGGAUUUGAAUGAAAUAUUUGGUGCUAUUUUGUUUAAUGUGUUAGUCUUCUCGUCUCUAAUUAUUUGUUUAUUUGGAUUUCUUAGUAUAGUGACUACGGCGAAAUCGCAGCAGAUCAUGUAUUUGACGGCUGCGCUAGAGAUACUGUUUGCUGUGUUUUAUAUUAUGCUGCCGGGGCAGAUUCUAUCAGAUACAAGCAGUGGAGUCGCUGACGCCGCCUAUGAAAGCCCAUGGUACAACAGCGAUCAAAGAUUCAGGAAAAUUAUAGCUAUCAUCAUUGUAAGGUCACAAAAGCCAUGCCAAUUGCGCGCAAUGGGAUACACUGUUAUGAACUUCGAAACAUUUUAUAAGAUGUGCGGCACAACCUGGUCGUAUAUGUCUGUAGUAAAUCAAAUGUACCAAAACACACUUUAA